CUCAAUUGUGUCAUUUUUACAUUCAAAUCUGAUUACGCUUCUCUCGUUUUAAUUGUUUUGUUAGAAAUGUUACUUUAUCUAUUCCCAAGUGAUUUAUUCAAAGAUUCAUGUCCAGGAGUAAGGGUCAGCGCAUCACCGCUCAGUUGGCACAAGGGCAAGUCUCCAGUGAGUGGGUGAGAGCGCUCUUUGAGUGGGCGAGCAAGAAAGAGUAGAAGAGAGGGUGGGGAGAGGUACCGAGGAUUCUGACGUUCUCUGUUGCACAAACCGCACUGCUUGCUCUGACUGCACUAUCCAUGCUGUUGUAUCCUAGACUGUCUGCUUGAGACGGAGUCAGUUUACCGUUUAGCCCAAUGAAACGUUGCGCUGCUCCACUCUACACCCGUCCCCGACUCUUCUGUCUUUGACGCAUCCGUUUAGUUUCUCUUUAAAACCUUUGAUCGACUGAAGUGUUUUUCCAAGGAAAGAGACCGUUGAAAUUGCCAGUAUAACCGGUUAUAAAAACGUGAAGAAGUCACUUGUUUGAAGAACUCUCUCCCCACUGCACGUACUCAUCAUGAGCGAGCUCAGAUCCACUGGGAACCCCAACAGCAGCCAGGCGCCUGCGUCGGACAACAAAGAGAAGGCGGUUGACUCCAAGGCCCCAGCGACUGGGGAGGAGGAAGAGGAAGUGGACAUCGACUUGGAAGCGCCAGAGACGGAGAAAGCAGCGCUCGCCAUCCAGAACCAGUUCAGACGCUUCAAGAAGAACAAGAAGUAGUGACAGAAGGAGAAGAAAGAAAGAAAAAAAAGAAAGAAAAAAAAAGAAAAACUUUCUGCAGAACAGAAAAAUAGUGAUUGAAGAAGACGGGUGGUGUGAGGGUGGAGAAAUUAAGGAAGAGGGGGAGAGGAAGGGAGGAGAGAGGCAAGCAGGAAUUGUGUCAUCGCAAAUUAUAAAACCAACCGAUAUCUCCACUGUGAGAGAGGGAGAGGGGAGGAGAGGACAAGAAAGGAGAGGGAAGGAGAGGAGAGGAGAGCAGAGGGGAAGAGAGGACAGGAGAAGAGAGGAGAGGGGAAGGGAGGAGAAGAAAGGAGAUGGAAGGAGAGGAGAAGAGAGGAGAGGGAAGGAGAGGAGAAGAAAGGAGAUGGAAGGAGAGGAGAGGGGAAGAGAGGAGAGGAGAGGGGAAGAGAGGAGAAGGAAGGAGAGGAGAGGGGAAGAGAGGAGAGGGGAAGAGAGGAGAGGGAAGGAGAUAAUAUGUUAAAACAGAAUUUAUAAUCUGGCUUGACCAAUAACCCCAGUCACCACCACCUUUGCAGAUAUCCUGAUGAAUCCCCCUGCAUCCUCCCUCCCAAACGCACCCCGUCCCCUCACUCCCACUGCACAGACGCACAUCCCCAUGCCCCCCAACCCCCAAGAGAGUGGAAAACUGUUCCCUUGAAAACAGAGAACAAAGUCCUCUGACAGAACAAACACAACUGGCUGCCAAACACAACAUAUAAAAUAACACAUACUAUAUUUCCAGCUCUCUUUCAUUCAUUUAACAUCUCUCUCUCUCUCUGUGUGUGUGUGUGCGUGCGUGCGUGCGUGCGUGCGUGCGUGCGUGCGUGUGUGUGUGUGUGUGUUUUUGUGGUACCCUCAAUAAGAAAGGCAGAGUUACUAGCUCAUGUUUUAGACAGCUGUAAUUAGUUCGUUUUAAAGGGCUCUGUAUCUCUCUUCCUUUCUUUUCCAUUCUUUUUCCGAUGUAGGCCAGACAUCCGAUCGCUCGACUCAGUGGCUCUGACCUCAUGAGAGGACGCGCUGUGAUCGAUUGACAGACGGACAGAACACUCAGUUGUACUGAAGUAACCAUUAGAAUCUCCACAGAGUACAUACAGAGUACAUAGGAGCCUUUUUCCAUCCAACAUCCAGUUACUGAUGCUUUCAUUGGGUCAUCAAAAACAAUAUCAAUAUCAAUCAAGAGAUGGUCAGAUAACCCUCCAGGAAAGAGAGUAUAAAGUUAACCGACUGACAGAUAACUAUCCGGUGUGUUCGAAAUACCUGGGGCAGUCUGCCCCUGCAGAAGAGCUUUUAGGGAAAUAUUUUUGGAAAGGUCUUGGUCAACUGGUUGUAGCUGAAUGUUGUAUUCUUGUGGGUCAGCCUAGCAGUGGUGUAGUGUUCCUUCUGCUGUAACCUGAGACCCUCUGGUCCUCAACAUAAACACUUAAAUAAACAUCUCUGGACCAGGUGCCAGCACCGAAACAUGACCUGAUCUAAAAACCCUCAGUUUACACAGAGACAGACAGACUGGCAGAGAGAGUGUGAGAGAUGGAAGGAGACAGAAAGAGAGAGAGAUAUAUAAGGAUGACAUAAGGACAUGAGACAGAGAAAGACAGACUUGAAGGAAAAGCUCAAGAGAGAGCGAGAGAGAGAUAGAGAGAGAGAGAGAGAAAGAGAGAGAGAGAAAGAGAGAAAGGAAUGAGGACGAGAGGAAAAAGAGUUGCAAACUAACGCCCCCACAACACAGUCACACAGCACCCAUAUAUAAAAAUAGCAAUUAUACGCCCAAACCGGAGCACACAAUCGCAAAAAACUGACAACAUGUCUACUGCACUUGACAGUGAAAAAGUCUGCACAAACAAACACACACACAUGCACACACACAGACAUAUUUCCUACGCAUAGAACUAAUCAUUCUGCCUGUUUGGACAAUGAUUAAACCCACUCCCACCUUCCAUCCCCUCCCCUCGUAUGUAGCACACAGGACUGCUCCUGAACGCCCAAACCUCUGUACUCCUUACGCUUUAAUCUCCCUACUAAUUCAUAGUAGUAUUAUUGGAAUGUAACCUCUUUUCUAUUUCAAGGACGGAGCAGAUUAAGACAAAACUAGCACAAGCAAUAUCAUUCCGCCCACCCCCCCUCUCCCUCCUAAGCCUUUUCUCAUUUACUCUAAUCUUGGACUAUUUCUUACAUAUGGAUUUUUUACUUAAGACUUUUUCUAAGAGCCCCUUGUCAGUCGGAGCUCACUCAGAACAGGAAUACAUAUCUGGGAUCAGCUUGGCCUUUUGGAUCAUAAUGAAUCUGAUCUGUAUGGACAUGGAGAGGACCUGAUCCUAGAUCAGCACUCCGACUCUGAGCCGCUUGAUAACUACGGGCCCAGAGCUAGUUAGUUAGUUGUAUUCAAUCAGAGAUGGCCCCAUUUAAAACCUGGGCUGUAGUCAUCUUAGUUCUUUUGUUAACCGGACCCUUUUCCACUUCUCCCCCUAAAGGCAACCAAAUAUUGUAGGAUUUUCAAGAACAUAGUGCUACUGUGACUAAAUGGAUGAUGUGAUGAAAGCCUGUCUUGGUGAUUGUGUUUCUGAAUGGAAUUAAUGAUGGAUUCUAGAUAGGGUAUAUAGAGUGGGUCUGAGAUGUCUUAAAGACAUGCUCCGGAACUUUGGCAACUACUAAGUGUUUUUUUUGUUUUACCUCCCGCUUUGGGCUGGAUGUGUCAAUGUGUAGUUUAUACAUGCAUCAUCUAUGAGCAGAAUUACUGUUUUACCUUAAUUAGCCACAAAAUCCCUAGUUUGAAAGUGACUAUUUUUUUGGAAGCUGUGCUGCGCCAUUUUCUCUACAUUUUCCGCCAAGUGGGCCAGCCCUCUAGCAAUUCACAGAACGAGAGAAAGAGCAAUGAUGCGGUGCACAUAACUGCACAUAUGUGACAUACUACACCAUUUUAGGGGACCACUUUUGGCUCGUGAGCGCUACUUUCAGAAAGACUGACUAAAAAGUAUACAACAGUACCGGAGAAUCUCUUUAAGUAAACAAUUCUGCUCUCCUCCAAACCCCUAGUGACCUAAUUAUUGACAAGAGCUAUAGACUAUAGACCCUUAUAGCAAAAUAGCACAUCCCAUAAACAAUGUGUGUCCCAAUAUCCAUACUAGCCACAGGAGGCUGCUGAGUGGAGGACGGCUCAUAAUAAUUGCUGGAAACCAUGUGUUUGAUGUAUUUGAUACCGUUCCACAAAUUACGCUGCAGUCAUUCCCCAAUUAAGGGGCAACCAACCUCCUGUCAACCUAGAAUAGUUUUAAGUAUGCUUGGCCAAUAUAUUACUGUACAGCACAACUAGUGUCCUGUUUAGAGGGUGUACUUGUACAUUAAGCUGCCUCACACUACAGAAACAGGAGAUAGGCUCCUGCCCUAUGGGCUGUUCUGGCUUGGACAUAGUUUACUUACGAUAUACUAAGGAGGUAGCAGUAGAAGUUUGCUAGUAACAUGGAUUUUUGGAUAUACACAAAAAUACAACUUGGAUUUAACAUUAGACCCAUACAUACUUAUCUCACCGAAGACUGUUCAUCCAACCCCUAUAUGACUGUAAGUCACAUGUUCUAGUUGCCUAUAUAUCCUUAUUGUCGGUGUACUCUGUAGUGACUUAAAGCAAUAGUAGACUAACCCAGUUUAGUAAAAAGACCUCACAAACAGAGAACGCACCAAUCAUUUCAAGGAAUCUGCGUAUUAAAUGACACCCCGUUCCCUAGACAGUGCAUUUCAGUACAUAGUGUACUAUUUAGGGAAUAGUAUGUUUAAAGUAGUCCACUGUCUAGGGAAUAAUAUGGUAAAAUAAAAUAGUGCACUAUCAAGGGAAUAGUAUGGUCAAAAGAAGUGCACUAUGUAGGGAAUAGGGUGUCAUUUUAGAUUUACUCCCCCAAGCAAACUCUCUGUUUGUGGUUAGGAUCAAUAAAAACAUUAUAUUGCCUAUAUUUAAUGAUUUAAUGAAUAUAUUAUUGAUGUGUUAUUUAUUGAUGAUGUUUAAGUUCUGUCUGUUGGUUUAUUUAUGUUUAUAACUACCUACCUACCUACGGUACCUAUACCCUUUUGUUUUGUUUAUUUUGAGUAUUUCAACUUGAGGUCGCAUGUGAUGAGAUACAUUGUCUGUUGUUGUUUUGUUGCUAAUAUUCCCCAUUCUGUGUUUUGGCGUUUCAAACUACCAGGGGUUUGGGAGGUAUAGUAUAUAUAAAUAUAUUAUAUAGAGAUGGUGUUUGCAGUGAGAAUGCACAUGAAACACCCCUGUACUGUACACCCCUGUACUGUGUUUUUCUGCACUAAUAAAAUUUGCUGCAAAUUG